UUGAUUUCUUGUUUGGUUAGAUGGCGCCUAAAAAAAGAUUAUAAGCCUGAACAAAUGGCUCACGCCAUUGAGGCAGUGCGAAAGGAAGGACAAUCAGUAUCUGCAGCAGCUAAGCGAUUUGGAGUGCCGAGAAUUACUCUCCACAAUAAAAUCUCCGGUAAGAGCCCCAUGGUAUGCACUAUGGGGCCUAGUACAGUCUUGACAACAGUAGAAGAAGAUUUGCUUGUGAAAUGGGCAAUAGCAAGUGCCGAAAGACGAUUUCCUAUCACUAGAGAACAACUUUUAGAUAGCGUCCAGCGAAUAGUUACGGUGCAACGUAAAUCUACUCCUUUUACAGCAAACAGGCCAGGGAAGAAAUGGUUUUCUUCUUUUAUUAAAAGACAUCCGAUAUUAGCAGAAAGAACGGCCGAAAACCUCAGUGCAGCACGCAAUGAAGUGACAGAAGAGCAAAUAAACAACUGGUUCAAAGAAGUGGAUGAAUAUUUGGCCGAAAAGGGAUUGCUUGAAGCUCUGAAAGAGCCAAGCCGAGUUUUUAAUGCAGAUGAGAGCGCCUUUUUUCUUGCGCCAAAACCUGGACGAGUGCUUGUUAGACGAGGGGAAAAGCAUGUUUAUGCGGCAAGUGGCGAUGAAAAAGAAAAUUUAACCGUCUUGUUGACUGCAAAUGCUGCGGGUACACUAGCACCACCCAUGAUUGUUUUCGCCUAUGAUCGAGUCCCGGACAGAAUUUCUAGCAGUGUGCCAGGAGAAUGGGGCAUAGGAAAGUCGGAGACCGGUUGGAUGACUGGUGAGACCUUCUACGAGUUUGUGACUACAAUUUUUAAUCCUUGGCUGAUUGUAAAAGGCAUCCAGAAACCAAUUUUGUUUUUUGUGGAUGGUCAUAGAUCGCAUCUUACACUUCAUCUGUCCAAGUUCUGCUCUGAAAAUGACAUAGAAAUUAUAGCCUUGUACCCUAACUCGACCCACAUUCUGCAGCCUAUGGACAUAUCUCUUUUCAGACCGCUGAAAGUAUAUUAUCGUAAAGCAGUUAUCCAGUGGAAAAUGGAAAAUUCGGGAAACAAGUUGAAAAAGGAAAACUUUGCUCCCGUCUUUCAAAAAGCGUUAAAGAAUAUAACGACGGACUGCAUUAAAAAUGGAUUUAGGGGCGGUGGUCUGCAUCCAUAUGGUCCACAAUAUAUUGAUAUGUCAAAACUCACAAAGCGGAAUACUGUUUCUGAUCUAGCAAAUGAAAACCAAAAUGAAGAAAGAAGCCAUUUUUUACAAUUUUUAGAAACCGAAAUUACAAAACAUUUUGGUCAAGAAAAGUUAGACCUAUUUAACAGUCUUUAUUAUGAAGGAAGAAAUGUUCUCGAAAACAUGGCAUUAGAUGAAGAUUUGAAUCUCUAUAUAGUGUGGGCACACAACAAGCAAAUGUCAAUUUCGCUAGAAUCUAGUUCCGCACCUGCUGCAUUAAAUAGGGAAUCUUCACCGACUUCAGAUAACGUAUUAUAUAAUAACACGUGUAUUAUGCAAGAAAAUGUUAUGCCAACAGACUUCGAUGACAACGGCAAAGUAAGCAGUGCACUUGAUCUCAUAGCACCGUCAACCAGUGCACUAGAUGGUGUCUCUGAAACAGUGGCAUUCAUACCAACGCCAAAUACGCCAUCAAAAGUUGAUGAAGCCAUAUCUGAUGCGAAAUCCCAUAAUGAUACAACAAGCGAUAUUCUGGGUAGCACAGUGCCAUCAGUGUCAGAAAUGCCGUCUCAAGAGACUGAAAAAAUACCUAUCGAAGACACAAGGGUAACGAUAGGUAGUACAGUGACUUCUUCAAUCGAAAUUACAACGUCAGAUACGUUAGCCAGGGUUGAUGGAUCCCUUUCUUUGGCUGCAAAAACUCCUGCAAAAAACACAAUAAGUAAUGCGCUAGGUGUCACAGUUCCAUCGCCAUUCAAAAAAUGUCUUUUCUGGCCUGACAAUGAAAGUACUAAGAAAACUAAGAAGAAAAAAGAAAAAUUACCAUCAGCUGUAACGAGCAAAGCAUGGCAAGAAUACCAUGAAAAAAAAGCCGCCGAAAAAAAAAGAAUUUUAGAAGAAAAGGAAUUGAAAGCUAAGCAGAGAAUCGAGAAAAAAAAUAUCAAAGAAAAACUUGCCAAGGAAAAGAAGGAUAAAACAAAAUCUAAAAAACCAAAGAUGCCUGAAAUAUCAUCAUCUGAAGAUACAGAAGCUGAAAUAGAAUAUAUUGAAAGUGGCGAAAGCGAAUGGAACGAAGAGACUGAAUCAAAUACCUAUCAAGGAGAAAUACUGGAAAAACAAAAUGAACGUAAAGCAAUGGAUAAAAAGAAGAUUUCAGUACAAAGGAAGAGAAAACGAUCUAUUACGGAAGAUAGUAAUUCUGAAUCAGAGUUGCCUUUGACUCAAAUAGCACAUUCUAAUAAAGUUAAAAAUGCUAAAAAGGAUAUCAACAAGGGUUCUUUUGUCAUCAUUAUGUAUGAGGGUGAAUAUUUCCCCGGAAAGAUUGAAAAUAAGGAACGAGGUCUCUUUGAAAUAAGUACAAUGGUACUUUCUAAUGGGAACACUUUUAGGUGGCCAGAAAGGCCAGAUAAAAUUUGGUAUAAAACUACUGAUAUAGUCGAAGUUAUAAAUCCUCCUAUCAAACAUAAUAACAGAGGCUUUUACAAAGUACCAGAAAUGGAGAAGUUUUUGCCUGACAUUUAUAUGACCUAG